AUGUUCUUCUACCAAUCGGCCGUCAUUUGGUGUUCCCUCAUCGGCAUUAUCAGCGCUAACUACGCCGUAUUCAACAUUAACAAAGGAGCAGCCAAAGCAUGUGGCGGCCGGCCGAACGUACAGCGCACCGACAUUCGGGCCGUUUUUGAUAGCACCGGUGCGAAUAACGUGAAAUUCUACGGCCUAAACAACAAACAGCAGCUGCAGGCCGCGAUCGCCGCCAAGGCAAAUAUUCCACUUGUCGCGACGCUGAACAGCAACUCGAAGACAGUCUCGCUGAUGAGCUAUUUCAAGGGCCGGCCCAGCAGUUGGCAGAAGCUCACCGCCGCCGCCCAGCCGUACACCAAGGGCAAGGAGGCGAAGAUCUUGACAAGCUUCCAAGCAAACACCUGGAAAAAUAAGUCCGGUGUCGUCUUGGUGAUGAGCCAAUCCAUCAACAACGGCGAAACGAUCCUCUACGACUACACUUUAAGCCCUGGAUCCGUUGAUAUGGUGCCGAUGUAUCUGGCGGUUGAUGGCGACUUCAAGGGCGACGUCACCUUCUAUCAGUACAUUGUGUGCAAGAACGGGAAGACCUGGAAGAGUGGCCCC